ACCGGCGAGCGAGGGAGGAAGCACGGAGCGGUGAUUGCACAAGGCAAUUGAGCGCGUCCCAGAAGGCAGAGCGCAGAGCAGCAUUGACGUUGCGCUGUUCACCUGAGGUGGUCGCACUGAAGGCGCUGAGUAGCCCGGGACGUUCCUUGUUUUUAGUCUCCUUAAGUAAUGUGCAAUUACAGCGUCAGAUUAACAUCUGUGAGAUUGUAAAUAAACAGGGCAAAAAUCAUCAAUUAUUUUAUCCGAUAGUUCGAGCUCGCGCCCCGCUCAGGGUUCGGGGAUGGAUUCCCCCUUGAGCGACUGAUCUCUGAGCUUUGAGAUCGGGCGUACACCUGUUGGACCGUCCUUAUUGCUUGGCCGCGGUUUCAUGCCGAGGCUAAUUAUCAUGAACAAUUCCUACCGGUCGGUUGUUCCGGGUACCCCGCUGGACCUGCGCACCAGGAGCCGAGACGAGAUGAGUAGAGGCAGUCGCCCGCCGAUGUCGGACUGCGACCGUAGAACAACUGGAGGCGACCGGGUCCGAGCUGAGACGGACACGUCGGGAUCCGCGGGACGUAGUCUUCCACGCCGCAGGGGAGUGGAGCAACACCGGGCGGACGCGUUAACGAUUUCGACCGCGCAACUGGACACAGGAUUGGGUCAUUUAUUGUCGACCCCACGAACCCCCACGAACUCCGAGUCCAGGACCUCGUUAUCCACGUUUGACAGGCGCACGCCGGAUCAGAUCCCGUCCAGGCUGCCUUUGAGGAAACGUCCGUUUCCCAGUGAAGCAGAGACUUUGGCACAAUCCACUGUUCUACCAGACACGAGAGACCAAUUCCUCACAGAAAACACGGACACAACGCCGAGGCAGAGUCCUGCAGAAUCCUUGAGAGUAUUCGAGAGUAGAGUGAGGAGGGCGAGCAGUGAAGCAGCGCCAGCAGCAGCUGCAGCACCAAAGUACACAAGAUUGGAGCCGCCGGCUGCACCGUUUCCAGAUGUGUUUUACGGGGGCCAUGCACACACAUAUUAUGGUCCCACUUUCCCAAGGAACUCUGACAGCUUCCUCUAUACCUCUUUGCCACGGUUUCCACCCCUACCCCAUCCUCUGGUCUCCAACGUUGCCAUGGCGAUGCACCAGGACGAGGAUGGAGACACGCCUCUCCACAUAGCGGUGGCGCAGGGGGAAGAGGCUGUUGUCCACAAGCUUAUCUUCAUCAUGAAGGCCGCUCGCAAAAACCUUAACAUCUAUAACCGCCUCAGACAGACGCCCCUUCACCUGGCCGUGAUCACCCAGCAUGAGGGUCUGGUGGAGGGCCUGCUGAGGGCCGGAGCCGACCCCGCCUCCCUGGACCGCCACGGCCGGACAGCGCUGCACCUCUGCUGUGAAUACGGCCGGGCGGACUGCCUCUCCGCCGUACUCUCCCACCCGUCCUCCUUGUCCUGUGUGGACGCCACGACCUUUGAAGGACUGAGCCCUCUCCACAUCGCUGUGCAGGGCGGCCAUCAGGACCUGCUCAGAAUGCUACUGGACGCUGGAGCCGACAUUAAUAUCAAGGACAUCAAAAGUGGUCAAAGUCCUCUCAUGUACGCGGUGGAGAGGAAUAAUGUGGACAUAGUCCAGUUCCUCAUAGAGAGUGGCAGCGACGUGAACGGCCAAUCCAACAGUGGGAACACGGCUCUGCACGGCGCCUGUGGGCGGGGUCAGGUGGACACCGUGUGGCUCCUGCUGAAGAAAGGCGCAGACCCUGGCAUCAAGAAUAACCACAACGACACUCCCGUCAUGGUGGCCAAGAACAAGAAGAUAGCAGAUGUGCUGAGAGGGAAGAGCUCCAAGCUGAGUAGAAGUCAAGAUCAACCCCUGGCAGUGCCAUCCUCACACAGUAGCAGUUUACUAGCAAGUGGGUCAUUGUCCCCCCACCAAAGUCCUACCUUCCACCUUUGACCAUAGUUCCAAUAGUCAUCAAAGGAGACGAGAAACAAGGAAUCUAUUUUCUGUUUUGCUGGAUUUUUUUAAUCAGUUAUGGGUGCAAUAUCACUGUGUGUGCUGUGCAGAACGUUUCAGAGUCAUGAGAGACUUCAUGAGAGACUUGAGAUUCUGCAACGUUACCGCUUGCAGAUUCAACUCUUGACUUGACUUCUGAAAUAAUUGUUUUCUAUGUCCUAUUAAAUAGUUGGCCAGAUAUAUUCCUUUGAGUCUUUCCAAAUGUUCUGUUUAAUUUGUACCGCAAACCUUUUUAUUUUAUACUGUAAGCAUCUAUUAAUAUAAUAAAGUAUUUUUUUUUACAAAACCUU